GUUGAUCUUGAUUGCAAUGGAAGUGGGAAAUGUUUUCAUUUACAUUACAGUUAUUUUGUCAGCUUUCACUUCAUUAGUGCAUAGUCUUCGAAUAAGUAACAUGACUUAUAUUGAAAUCCAAGGAAAAGCAUGUUUUAGACGUAUGAAUGGAACACAUCAGAUUGGCUGUUCAUCUGAAACAAAGGGGAAUGUUGGCAUUUUAUAUCACAUCACUGGUGAUAAUGAUACAGAAUGGUUACUGAAGAAAGGCCCUAAUAAACCAUACAUUGUGCUACUUAAUUCUCUACAGUUCAAAUUAGAUUUUGUAAAAAAGUUAAAGAACUCAGGGAAAGUAAACGGUAUAAUUGUAAUACAUGUUCUACAGAAUGAAACAUUAACACCAUUUCCACCAGAGGGAUUCUCUCCUGACAGUUCCUGUCCUAAUGAUAGAUAUGGUUUAUACCAUGAGGAUAAAAAUUAUGGAAACUGUCAGAAUGUAACAUGGAAUCCUGUAGGGCAUGGUAUGAUGUUUGAGGACUUUGACAAGUUCCCUAUCUUUGUGGUCAUUAACCAGACUGAGGUUGAUAUUCUGAUACAGGAUUGUUACGAGAAGUAUAACAAACCUUUACCAGAUGGUUCUGUCAGGGAAUAUCCUCUGUGUGCUGUACAGCUGAAAGAUACAAUGUCUGGUGCUAAAGAUGCUAAAACCUGUUACCGUAGAACACAAGUCCCUACCAAUCUUAACCCAGACACCUACUGUGAUCCUCUGGGAGACCACAAUGUCAUAGCUACAAUAAAAGCUGUACCUAACCAGGAUGUUUACCCUAACAAAUCUGUAAUAGUGGCUGCAGCAAGGCUUGAUUCAUUUUCUAUGUUUGAAAAUAUCUAUCCAAGUGCAGACAACCAUGUAACUGGAAUUGUGGGAUUGCUAGCAGCUGCAGAAGCUCUGUCAAAAUAUAAAGAUGACAUCAUCAAUAAUACUGGUGCCAGAGAUGUCCUCUUCGCUUUUUUUCAAGGUGAAGCCUUUGAUUACAUUGGAUCAUCUAGAACAGUUUAUGACAUGCAACAUAAUGUAUUCCCAAUGGUUGAGGAGACAGGGAAAUCUACUCUACAUUUGGUCAACUUUAGUCAUAUAUCACACUUUGUAGAGGUCAAUCAGCUUGGAUAUCGAGAUGAUGGUAAAGUCUGGCUCCAUACUGACCCUCUAAGUCAAAAUAAUACACAAACAUCUCAAGAGAUUGACAAGAUGAUACAACUGAUAAAGAGUGUAGCUGACAAUAUGAGUUUAGGUAUAGGAGAAAACAGUAAAUCACAGCCACUACCUCCAGCCUCUGUACAGAGGUUCCUCAGGAAGGUCAAGAUUCCAGCAGUAGUUUUCAGUGACCACCAACACAGUUAUACUAAUAAAUAUUAUAACAGUAGAUUUGAUAUCGCCAAAGCAAUUGAAGCCAAUACCAACGACUCAAAUAUUAUCACAGAGCAAGCCAAAAACUUAACUAGGAUAUCUACCAUGUUAGCAAGAACCUUAUAUAAAUUGUCUACAGGUCGAGAUGCUCCUCAGGAUAUGACAAGUUCUGAAUCUACAGUGAAUGACUUGUUGUUUUGUUAUCUGAUAUCAAGACAGUGUGAAAUGUUCAGAAGAGUUUUAGAUGAUACUGAUAACAAAAAUCUGGAUGAGAGUAGUCUCCCUUACCCAUUCUAUGUCAGUGUCACAAGUACCAAUAACCAGGUUACCUAUUUAACCAAGAGACUUUUGAGUUACUUUAUUGGAGAUAGAGUCAACAAUACAAAAGCCAACUGUAAACAGCCUGAAAAUGAUAAGGUUAACCAGUAUAUGUGGAUGCAGGGAGAAAAGAAUACAACAACAGACAAGAGACAAGGGUUCUGUAGCAGAAGUACAGCAGUGUACACCUUAGCUCAAUCUCCUCUGUUUGAUCAAGAUGAUUAUAAUUGGAAUAUAGAUGAAUACUCAGCCUGGACAGAGAGCAGUUGGCAAACAGAUUCCAUACAAAUGAGAAUUUUCUUAGUCCCUAGUAAACAUUUAGAAGUAGCCCUGUUGUGUUCAGGACUGGCCCUACUCAUUAUUUCCUUGGCUGCUGCCUAUUUUAUCAACCUGAAGGCAUCCAUUUUGUUCAGUAUUAACAGUUCACAAACUACAUAAGACAGUGACAUUGGUAGUAGGCCUUAUCCUGACUGUAGUCUUUAUGACCUUGACCUACUUUGUCAAUAAGAAGGCUGAUGUAUUAUUUUCACAGAGGAGGACAAGGAGAUAUUAGAACAAUAACAGUUUUUAAAAACAUUAACUUCAUUGUCUUUCAUUGAUUCAUAUGAUUAAAUCAUAUUUGUCACAAGAGUAGUUUUCAUCAAGUAGCAACUCUGAUCAUCGUACUUUUAUUUACUAACAAGAGUAGCAAUAGUCUGUAUGCCAAUUACAGAAAGGAUUCUAUAAAUUUGAUCCUUCUGUUUGCUCUUCAGUAGCACUGAAAAUUAAAACCCCUUCUAUAAAGGGAUUGAACUUGUACAAUGUAUCUGUAAAUACAGGGUCAUUCAAAAUUGACAAAUCGACUUUUCUCAUCAUCAUAUUCUAAUGAACAAAUUAAUGAUACACUUUUUGGAAUAAUAAAAUGAUGAAGUGAAGAAAUGCAACUAUUUGUCAAGGAGAACUUCUCUAUGACCAAUACCUACAUGUAUGUCACCUUCAUACAAUUAAGAGACCGGGAUUACUUUCUUUUUCAUACAAGAUUUUAAUCAGUCUUAGAUGGAGUUCCUUAAAUUGACUAAUAACAACACGUUUAUAUUGGGAAAUCAGCAAAAUAAAUGUUUUAUAGUGCCAUACACUAACAUUUUUGUGAUUUCCUGGAAAGGCUUUUUUUUCUCAAAAUUACACUUUUUUCCAUUAUUGUUUCACAUGUUCACAUAACAUUUUAUAAAUCAAUUAAUUACUGUGAUAUUUAAUUUGUGUAAAUUAAAAGAUAAGAUAAUUCAUUACUAACAUACAUUUUAAAUGUUAUACUACAAAUGUAAAUAAAUCACAUUUAUUAUAUGUAUUAUACCUCCACUCUAAAAGUAGCUAAAAUGCUGUCACCUUGUCUGUCACUCUAGCUGCUGUUCCAUCUCUUUCUUGUUCUGUUAUUUUGUCACACAUUUCUUAGCUUUUUAAACCGAAUAUUUCGUAUUUGAUGAGCAGCUUGAGAGUGAUCAUUUGUAAUGUGAAAGUACUUUUCUAAACAUAUAUAUUUAAAAAAUGUUUUGCAGUGUCCAAAUUAAUGAAGAAUAUCAAUAUUUUCCUACUCUUUUAUGUUAUAAAAAGUGUACCUUACAAAAAAGUGAAAAUAUACAUUGUCUCUUAAAUUGAAGUUAAUUUCAUUCACAGCAUUUAUAUUUUUAAGGUAAUGUUGUAAUAGUAAAUUCUCCACUGUGCAAUAUAUGAUAUACAUGAAAAUAUAAAUGUAAUGAAUAUUUUUGAUUUUUUUUUCCUGAUUCAGACCACAACUUUCCGAUACAAAUUCUGUUUGUAGAACUUAAUUCAUUUUGUGCAGAGUCUGAAAUAAGGAGUUCAGAAAUCCCAUGAACAAUUUUCUCAGGUACUACUGAACUGAAUGACUUUCUAUAUAAUCAACACCUUUGCAUUGAUGAGUUGUAAUGUGCGAAUGCUUUUUUUGGAUAUGUCUAAUGUCUUCUUCCUAUUUUGAAUACUUUGAAUUAUGAGUGGGGGUAUGCUAAGAACCGCAAUUUGUAUAAUGUCAGUAUAAUGCAUUGCUGUUCAUUACUGUACUGAUGUAAUAUGUAGUCCUACAUGUAUGUAUGCUUUGUUGAAGAUUUUUUGUUUUAAAUAAACCUCUUAUUAUCACGAUGUAAAUAUUUUUAACUUUAAUUUUCAUUCAAAAGUUUUUCAUAGUGUAGAUAUUCAUUAUUUAUUUCUACAUUAUUGCUUCUUAUGAUGACAAAAAAAUGUAGACACCCUACCUUAUAUUGAUAAUAACAAUAAAGUCCUUUCAUUUUAAGGAAAACAUUUUUUUGAAUUUCUCAGAUUUUGCAUGAAACCAUGCAAAUAAAUGUUUAUACUGGGAAUAAUGGCAGAAAUACAAACUGGCAAACUUUUGCUAGAAAAUAAUGGUGUACAUGUACCACCUUUGUCCAAUGGAAAUGGUUUUCAUGGUAUAUAAGCUAUAUCUUACAAGCCCCAUUUCUACAUUUGAGAGCACAAACAAAAGUGCAUGGUCAACUACAAUUUUUACAAAAAAAAAAAAUCCAAUUCAAAAUGCUGUCUAAAUGUGAUCUAUUGGCUUAAUACAAUGCAAUUCCACAAAAUGGAAACAAUCUUUAUGUUUCAGUGCUUAAAACACUUUAACCCAGCUUUUUUUGUUUAUUUUUACUAUAUAUCAUUGAGCUAUUGUCUCGUGUUAAAGUACAAUAUAUCAUCCUCUUUUAUGUAAUAUAUGGAUCAUGCAGAAAAGUAUGUAUUUGCCUGGUAGAUAAACCUUGAUUGAAUAUUAACCAAACUUGUACAUUAUUUCUUUGAAUGUUAGUGAAUAAAGAACAAACGUAAUAUGAUUAUUUGGUUUUAAUUUCAUUAUGAAGGAUUAUGUAUCAUUAAGUCCUGAGAUUAUUUUUGUAUUCCAUUUAAAUAUUUAUGUAAAUUUAUUGUUAUUUAUUUUAAAUGAAAACUGUGUUUCGGUAUGUGUGAGAAUUUUAUAUUUCACUAAUCAUUUGUAAUAUUGUGUAUGCUGAUGACUUAUAAAUGUGUAGUAAAGGUCAUAAGGAAAUGAUAGAUAAUUAGCUUCAUGAGUUUACUCUCAUUAGAGAAAUCUGUCAUACUGUCGGUUUCAUUUUAAGUGGGUCUCAUUGGGGUCUAAGCGUGACGCGGGAUUGCUGAUUUUUUGUAAGCGUGACACGGGAAAGUCGAAUUAUUGUGUCGUGACCCGGGAAAUGAAAAAAAAAAUGAGAAUUGCUUAGGUACAUAGUGUAAGCGGGAUACGGGAAUCUGACAAAACAGUAAGCGGGAUCCGGGAAUCUGACAAAACAGUAAGCGGGAUCCGGGAUCAGAACCCCCCAAUGAGACCCCCUUUUAAAACAUUUCAAUCCCAGUUCCUUACCAAGUGAAAAUACAAUGUAAUGUAUAUGUUCAAAUUGUUGUAAAACAAGUUUAUUUUCUCCAUCUCCUUAUCUGUUAUUUGUGAAAAAGGAGGAUAAUAGAGUGAAAUGCUAAACAUUUGAUUUUUGAUUUGAUCUUUAAGGGACCAGAAGAUUGAAUGUGAGGAAUUGAAACAGAUAACUGCUUAAAAACAUUUUCUGUGCAUAUAAUUGUAACUUUGCUAUUCUGUCUGAAACUAAAGUUUGUUGAUGUACACUUAAACAGCUUUAUUAGGUAGAUAUUACUGUGAUUUCGCACAAUUAAUUUUAAAGAUAGAAUAGAUGUUAGUGAAGUAUACAUUUGUUUUUUGCUUUCUGCUUGUUUAAUUUUUCAGUCAGCCAGAUACAUAAAGAAUUCAAAUUUAUCCAAAUUACCACUGGUCAAUAAAAAGUCAAUAAAAAGCCAUCACUUGAUGUGUGACAUCUGUUGUCAAUAAUAUUGUGUAAAUCUUGUUCUCUAAAACAUCAGGUAAAUUAGAACCAAACUUGGCCACAAUCAUGAAUAACUUCAAGAAAAAAACAUUGCUUCCAAAGUGUUUCCGAAAAGGAAUUUAAAAGAUAUUGUUUGUGUACAAUAUUGAGGUUAGUUUUUGGGUCUUUUUCUAAGAUCUUACUAGAUAUACUUUUACAAUGACACCAGCUGACAAAACCUAUUGGUUGGUUGUUUUAUUUUAUUGUUUGUUUUGUCUGAAAGAGGCAAGGUAAUAUUAAUGUGCUGAAAUUUAAAACAAAAAAUUGUCUCGACAAAAGUUAGAUUUCUUUGUUUGCAUAGAGAUAUUUGAGCAGGGUUUAUUUAAGCGACAAAUAUUAUGAUUUAUGAUUACUUGUUAUAAAGUGCUACAUAUUUCUUGUAUGAAUGUAUAUUAUGAGGACUAAAUAAAAUAAUGAUUAAUUUA